AUGGCCGGUACAGACACUAACACGACUGCAAUAGAAUGGGCCAUGACAGAGUUGAUUCGAAACAAGGGAGCGAUGAACAAGCUGCGGGAGGAGCUCAACGCAGAAUUGUCGUCGCCGCUCGAGAGAAAACUGCCGCUCGAUGAAUGUGUAGUUUCUCGACUUCCGUACUUGAAUGCAAUCGUGAAGGAGACACUGAGGCUACACCCGCCGGGGCCGCUCAUGCUGCCGCACCGCGCAUCGGAGACUUGCAAGGUGAUGAAUUUCACGGUCCCUAAAGGAGCUAAGAUUUUGGUCAACGUGUGGGCGAUUAAAAGGGAUCCGACAGUGUGGGAGGAUGAUCCAACGUCGUUCAAGCCGGAGAGGUUUAUUGGGUCGAAGGUGGAUUUUAGAGGGCAUGAUUUCGAGUUUCUGCCAUUUGGUGCUGGGAGGAGGAUGUGUCCCGGAGUGCCGUUGGCCACCAGACAGAUUUCAUUGAUUUUGGCUGCUAUCGUUCGGAACUUCGAUUGGUGCCUCCCCGAUGGAAAAGAUCCAGCAGAAUUGGAUAUGAAUGAGAAGUUUGGGUUCACGUUGCAAAAGGAACUACCUCUGCUUCUUGUUCCCAACCGGUGUUCAUUAUGA